AUGGACCCCACAGGAAAAUUCGGCUGUGAAUUUCCUGGCUGCAACGCAAGCUACGCGCGGAAGGGCCACCUGAAUCGCCACAAAGUGCAACAUGCCCCCCAGCGGUCAUUUCGAUGUCUAGUGUGUGGUCAGGGAUUUAGGAGAAAGGAUAUACUCCGUCGACAUAUGCGGCAGAGGCAUGAAGGAAGUGAUCUCGCGCCAUCAAUAAAACAAGCCUGUGUAAAUUGUCGGCAUCUCAAAUCUCGUUGUGAAGGGGGUCCACCCUGCACUGGAUGCAUUCGCCGCCGUAUGCACUGUUCCUUCAAUGAUGGACCCAGGUAUCGUCUACGACAGGCUCUCGAGCCCGGUUCGUCCGGGAAAAUACAACACUUCCUCAAGUUGUACUUCGAGACAUUCCAUCCACAUUGGCCGUUCAUUCACCAAGGUUCAUUUAACCAAAGCAAGGAGACAACUCUGCUUGUACAGUCAAUGGUUGUCAUUGGCAUGUGGUCUAGUGGUGUGCAGAGUAACCGGUCCGCAGCAAUCGAACUCCAUGCAAUUCUCAAUUCGGCUAUCUAUGAACAAAGAGAGAAGUGGGAUGCUUCAAUUUCAAAGGAUGCGUCGAGCAAUUGCUCAUGGCCCAUUCCAAUGUACCAGGCCAUUCUACUUCACGUAAUAUUCUCAUUAAUAGGUAAAGGCAAUGUAGAUCUUGGGCUCGAUCUGAAACCUUCCCUACCGGCCACUGAUCUUGAUCUUCUCUCUUCAUUGGUGCUGAGCUGCAGAGCAUUAGGCAUGUUUUAUUAUCCAAAUAUGCUUGCACGGUACCACCCGGACGACCUGGCCGACUAUGUCUUGGUUGGGGUCGAAGAGGUUAAACGUUUCGAUAUAGCUCUGUUCAGAGUCUGCAAGUCGAUAGGCUCGGAUAGAGGGGAGACUCAUCUAGAGCAUCGUGAUACUUCAAGGGCAAGGUGGCAGGUCACUGCAAGCGAGCUACAAUUUCCGAUGCCGAAGAAUGAGUUGAUGUGGAACGCUAUAACCGAAAAUGAGUGGAAAGCUGCUGCUACAGAGGGCAUGGAAUGCAUCAAUCUGAGUGAUUCUAUGGAGUCACAGUGGAUCUCCAACUCAUCAGAGCUUCUACAGCUAACCUAA